AUGUUAAUUAAAUCAUUAUAUAAAUAUUCCUCAUAUAAUAAUAAAAACCUAUAUUAAAUCCUCUAAUUGCCUAAAACCUCCACUAUAUAGGAAAUAAAAUCCCAAUAUUAUAAGCUAGUUAAGAAAUAUCAUCCUGACACUAACCCAUCUCCUUAAUCAAAAGACAUUUUUUCCCAAAUAUAAAACGCAUAUGAUAUAUUGUCAGAUUAAAGUAAAAGAGCAAUAUAUGAUUCUUGUGGAUAUAGUAAUUCUUACGAAGAUUUUUAAGAAUAAUAAUAAUAACAGAAAAGUGAAAAACCUAAGAAUCGAUAAUAAUUUUACGAAGAAACUUUUUAAGAUUUUGAUGCUUUUUUUGAGCGUAAAAGCAAGACUAGAGCAAGGCCUGCUAAAAAAGGAGAAGAUAUAUAAAUUCAAUUGCAUGUAGAUUUCCUCGAAAUCAUGUAAUAAACUAUUUAGAAGUAAGUUUAGUUCCAAAAGAAGGUUUUAUGUUAUAUAUGUAAAGGUACAAGGGCAUAAACAGGUACAAUACCAUCUAAAUGUUACUCCUGUGGGGGUACAGGUAUUUUAUUAGUAAAGGAAAAUCACUAAAUGUGCGAAUAAAUAUGUGAUUAAUGUGAAGGGUUUGGUAAAAUCGUCAAAAAUAAGUGCAAAACAUGCCUCGGAACUGCCUUUAUUUAAAAAACUCAGGACGAAAAAAUCAUAAUACCGAAAGGUAUUAAAGAUAAAUAAGUCCUGAGAAAAGAAGGGAGUGGAAACACUGGAGAAUAGGGCGGAAAAAACGGGGAUUUAUUUAUCCAAAUUAAUAUAAAAGAACACCCAUAAUUAGAAAUUAAACAAGAAUAAGAAAACGAAGGAAAAAAAUAAGAAGAUAUAUUAAAAAAUAAAUAAGAAUAAUAAUUUUAAUGA